AUGAAAAUGGAGGUCGAUGAGCAGCAAAUGCGAAGCGGUAUCGUAAUGGAGAAUGCUGCUCUCGUACAGCCAGACUGGGAUCUUGCUCUAAAGGAAAUGCCAAAUCCAAAAUUUUUUGUGGGACUCCGGAAACAUCGUCAAAGUUCUGUGUUUGCAAAUGUGGAGAAGAGCGGCGACGACUUCGUAUGUGCCGACAGUGGGAUUCAAAUUACAGUCCAUCAGCCAUGUAACUCAUUACGCUUGCAGUCAUCAGAUGUCAGCACAAAUUUCUUGUCGCCAGUGUCUGAGCUUCGUAAUCUUCACUCCACUUCCAUCCAGUCAGUGGAUGUUUCAUGCUCUGGAAACCUUAUUGUCUCCACCGAUGCGAGCGGAUCUCUCAUUGUUUCCAACGCAAUGAAUGGAACGCUAUUGCGUGACCUCAAGGGUCACAUCAUGGAUGUCUACAAGUGCCGCUUCUUCCCAAGUGGACUAGUAGUUCUUUCUGCUGGUAUGGACAUGACUGUGAAGGUAUGGUCUGUGGAAACUGGACUGUGUCCACGAACGUUCAAAGGGCAUGUGAUGGCGGUUACUGACAUCGCAAUUAUUGGCGUUGGUCGUGAGGUUUUGUCGUGUUCUCAUGAUGGAACAGUGGUCAAGUGGCUGUGCGCCGACGGCUCUCAAGUGGAACAGUGGAAACCUGAAGCAGGACCUUGUAAUGCGAUAGCUAUCAAUAAGGAUUCGGAACUAUUUGCUGUAUGCUGCGAGGCGAAAAAGUGUGUGGUGUACUCUGUAGAAGGACCUACGAUAGCUACGAUCACCACCGACAAUGUACCAACGGCCGUCUGCAUAGAGCAAGAAUGUGACCAUAUCGUCUACAUCGGAGACGAAGAAGGCAUGGUUUCUGUUUACGACACAAAGGCUAAAUCGUUCAUCUAUCGUUUGCAAACUAGUCGCGGUCGGGUGAUGAAAAUAAUGACGAGAGAUGAAGGCUUAUUCAUUGCUUACAGAGAUGGGUCAAUGUGCUGCUACCCUCGUAACUCUUCUUUGACAAACGUUUCGUGCCCUAUAUACGAGUUCACGGGGUCAGAUUGUGAUCCCGUUUAUGAUUUUUGCUUUCAUCAGAAGCAUCUGUUCACUGCGAGCAGGGAUAGGAUAUUACUCUCAUUUCAAAUCAGGAUGUUCAACAAAUGUCUGCAAACGUCGCCGUCGAGGCUGCAGAUACAUCAGCAGCGCUUUAAAACUGUGAAAUUCAAGCCGAAGGUAGCGAAGACUCAUGCACUUAAAACACCUUCGAUGGUGGCACUAGACCACUGUGACUUCUACUAUGGUCCCAUGUUUGGCAAACGCUGGCCAAGCAUUCGCCUGGGACUGCUCACUCCCAAUAAGUAUAUAGCAGUUAUGAAUACAUUUUCAAAUGAGUGCGAUACCCAUGAAGAACUUCUGAAAAGUUCUAAUACGAUAGAUCUCUUGGCGAGAAUUCGUGGAAAAACUGCAGCUGAGCGCAUAGAGGAAAAGAAACAGCGAGUGGACAGUUGUGCUAAGAAGGAAACAGAAAUCGUGCUAAAAGAGAUGGACGUAUAA